AUCAGAUGAGAGCCGAGUAAAACUUGUGUUUUUGAAAGAAUUGGAUCCAAAGUAAAAUUUUCAGGCGUAUUAGGCAAUAUUUCCACUAAAAAAAAGUAACGAAAAUAAUAACAAUUCCUCUGUCGCAGACUCGCAGGUUGUUCCCCGCUCCCUCUCUUGGAAGAACCCUGCUGCGUUUUCUUCUUCAGAGACUCCUUUCGCCUUCGAUAUUCUCCUCUCUCUGUUCCCCGUUCGCAUCCCUCUCCUCCUCCUCCUCCUCAUCAUCAUCAUCAUCAUCAUCAUCAUCAUUUCUCCCUCUCCCUAGGGUUUUGGUCGACCAUGGCGGGGAGGAACCGGAUCCCACCGCACGCGAUGAAGGGGCCCCCUCCUCCUAUCCCCGCCCACGAUCGCCGCCACCAUCACCAUCCGCCGCCGCCGCACUUCCCCAUGCACCCCGCGCUCCUCGACGAGCUCCGAGAAGGGGGGCCGCCGCCUCCGCCGCCGCACUUCCCCCGCGGCGCGCUCGCCCCGCCGCCGCCGCUGCCGCACCACCACCAGCACGCCGCAAUCGUCGAGGAGCGCCUCGCCGCUCAGUUCGAGGAGAUCCAGGCCCUCCUCGUCGACAACCAGCGCCUCGCCGCCACCCACGUCGCCCUCAAGCAGGAGCUCGCCGCGGCGCAGCACGAGCUCCGCCGCGUCUCCCACGGGUUCGCCGCGUCCCAGGCCGACAUGGAUCUCCAGCUUCGCGAGGUCCAUGAGAAGGCGAUGAAGAUGGAAACUGAGCUUCGGGCAGUGGAGGCCAUGAGGAUGGAGCUCAUACAGGUCCGAAGUGACAUACAGAAGCUAAAUGCAGCAAGGCAGGAACUAACAGCCCAGGCUCAGGCACUCAAUCAGGACUUGACUCGGGCCUCAGCCGAAAUGCAGCAGGCUCCUGCUAUAAAAGCCGAGAUUGAUACCAUGAAGCAGGAGGUUCAGCGCGUGAGGGCGGCUAUUGAGUUUGAGAAAAAAGGUUAUGCCGAGAAUUAUGAGCAGGGGCAGGUGAUGGAGAAGAAUUUGAUUUCAAUGGCUCGUGAAGUAGAGAAACUACGUGCUGAGGUAGCCAAUGCUGAAAAGAGGGCACGAGCUGCAGCUGCCGUUGGCAAUCAAGCUUCUGUCUAUGGUGGGAACUAUGGGAAUCCUGAACCUGGUCAUGGGGCAAAUCCUUAUCCUGCUGUAUAUGGCAUGAAUCCUGUACCUGGAGGUGCUAAUGCUGGUCUCCAGUAUGGAUCAAGUUCUUGGGGUGCCUAUGACAUGCAGCGAGCUCAUGGGCAAAGAUAAAAAAGGAAUGGACUUUGCUGAGUGUUGAUUCUGUUGCCACUUGCAUAGGCAUAAGCUUUGUUGUGCAAGUUAGUAUCUUCGUAGGUUACAUCUGAAGUUUCGUUCAUUAAGCAUCAUAUGGUUGUGGGUAAAUUUACAUUAUAAUCAUGGGGAUGGUGUAUCUUUCCUAUCAUUAUGACAGUCCCAGUAAUUAGAAUUAACUGAAUGUUUUCAUUGAUGUUUUGCUGCUUUAAUUGUUAGUUAUGUUAUAUUCAUUUUCAAUUUUGAAUCUGGUACUGAUUUGCAUGGUUUACUCCUAGCCUUUAGCUAAUGUUAAUAUUGGCUUGAAGAAUUAUGCUACUUAAGGAGCCACUCUUGUUAGGUUCCUAUGGCGCUCUGGUUGGGGCGGUCCCAUUUGAGGAUGGUGAAAAAUAUUCUUCACUAGAACUUUAGCUCUGGAUGUUAUCUUAUUCUUUAGGAUAAUUAUGGUUGUAGGGUUGGCUUUACUUUCGGAUAAUGAGAAUUACCUUGGAUAGUGGCCUGUCCACGAGGAUAUUACAACUUUAUAAUGCACCAUGGAAUUGCUAUCAUUGAGUAUAGGACUGCUCUGUUUAUUUUACUUUCUUUAAUCCAAGUGUAAAUAUUACUUGUUCGUGUUGUUUCUGGUGGAAUAGUGGGGAUGUAUAAUUAUCUGUCACUAUCCCCACUCUAUCCACAAACUAAACACUGCCUUACUGGACGGUGGAUGCUUGGAUAUUUUGUCUUUAUCUAUAAAUUGUAGAUAUUUGAUGGCCACAGAGGUGACUGUUGUAAUUUUUCUUGGUAGUUGUAGAGAAACUUCUGUCAAAGGUUUUUGUCAACAAUGUUUCUCUUCGAGAAUGGUAUCGCUUCCGUGCCAUUUUGAUAUUGGGAUGAUAUUUUUCUUUGGCCUUCUUAUGUAUCUAUCUAUGUAGCCGGAGAUUUUUGCUUGUGGCAUUGUGUGAGAGAUUAACUCUUGUCUGCUUCUCUAUGGUUUCUACUUUCUACUAAAUUUCUAGUCACACCAAUUCUUUCAAAUGAUGCCCUUCUCCAUUAUAUCCUUUGGUUUGCCUAGAGAUUGUAACCGCUUGUCUUUUAAUGUAUUAUUUUUGUUUUUCUAGAGGAGUAAGUACUUAUUAUUGGAGUCUAGCUUGGUAUCUUCCCUACCUACAUUUCAAACUUUUCCAACAUAUCCUUGUAGCGCCCUCUGAAAUACCUAGGGCUAGGUUUCCAUUUUAUGGUGUUGAAUAUUUGCAUAUAUUGGCGCUAAUGUGAUGGUAGUGUUAAUACAUUGCAUCCAAUUGUUAUGGAUGGUUGUUAUGGGCAUCAUACGGCUCUUUUUUUUUCUGUAUUUGGAAAUUACAGCUUGUUUGUUAGCUGUUUAAGGAAGUUUUAUAGCAUCUUGUUUAGCCUGCUUAUAGCCUAUUUUACGUACCAACUGUUUGUUUAUUCAAGUUUCUAUCCUUUAGUUCUGAAAAUUAUAUAUUGGUUUGUCUCUGUUGGUUUUCUACUAGCUUAGAUAGUGUCUUAGAGGUCAGGCCUGAUUAUUUUCUGGCCGAGUAUUUUGUCUGUAGGUUGCAGUGUGGGUUUUAUAAUUUUGUGUGUUUAAUUAUUCAAAGAGAUUACCACUUCGCUGGCCAUGCAACUUCAGAAACUUAGGAUUGUGAGUUUGUGACCCUCCUACCUUUGUUUGUUUAGUUGGUGGCUGAUGGAGGCAUCCGUGUUACUUGGACACCAACUAUGAAUGUAUGAACAUGUUGGACAUGUGUACCCUAAUUUUUGGAUGUAUUUAGCACAACAGAUUAGGUCACCAUGCGGGAUUCUGUUAGCUACUAACCCUUUCUGAUGGGUUAUUCAACCCACCUUGAUUUAGUAUUCCUUGUAAGAUUGAACUUGCGGAUGAGAACAGUGGGGGGGAAGGGUAGAUGAGGUAUAGGGUCUUCAUAUUAUCUGAAUGCAGACAUGACCUUGCUCGAUGGGGAAAUCUGUGCAAGAACUCAUAAUGGGUGCAUGAGAAAAAACAAUUAGGAGGAAAGACGGUGUGCGAAGGAAGAUAAAGAUGUCAAGCUCUACGGAUCAAUUUUUGUCAAGAAGUAUUCUGAUACUCUUCCGGAAGUUAUGUAGCACUAACAGGAAGUAAAGUAUAAGGCGACUCUUGGCUCUUCUUGUAAAUAUAGUUCAUUCAAAGCACUUGAGCCACUGGAGUGUAUAACAAGUCGUCAUAAAAAACCCUAGUUUGUGCUGGCUAAUUGAAAAACUUCGUUUCAAGUGGAGCUUCCCAAUCUCAUCGAGUUAAUUGGAGGUGCUUUAAAUUGUGUUUUCCUCACUGGUAUGCGAGAAAGUCAGCUCCACAUGCUUCAAUAUCUGACAGUUCUGCACCCUAUCACGAAUGAUUCAAUUUGAUCGCGUCACCGAUAUGGCAUUACAAGGUCUCAAGUAAUAUACAACCGUGAUGAGCAAUUUAUACAAGGUCUCAAGUAAUAUACAACUGUGAUGAGAAAUUUAUACCAUAUUCAAGUCUUGGGUGUUGAUUUUUCUGCGAAAACAAUAUAAAUGAGAAUGAUAGCAUGGCCAAUUAAGUUACUGCAAAAAGAAUCAGUUUGCCGCAGAAUGUUUAAGUACAGCACAAGCAAGGGCAACCUGUAAUUUGAAAUAUUGCAGAUUAGAAUGUUUUAAGUAAAGCACAAGCAAGGGUAACCUGUAAUUUGAAAUACUGCGAAUCUGCAAUAAGCAGUGGAUUCGUCUUUCAGUUGUUCUUUUCUCUCAUCUUGCAGCUAAUAAAAUUCUUCUUUGCUAGUUGUCUUUUU